UAUUGUGUAUUGCACGCUACCUCCCCUGAAACGUGUUGAAUUAUCGGCAACACCUGUACAAGUACGGCCAGUAGAGGAAUUUCCACGACACAGAGCUGUCGCGGAUCCUGAGAUCGCAGCAAGAUGCCGCGAUUGCUGGCCAGCGCACUGCAGCUGCGACGUGACCCGUGCAUCCUCAAACUACCGCCCUACCUGUCGCUGCUCUGUAUCCUCGUCGGGGUGGCCUGGCUGUUCCUGCUUCCGCUCGACCAAUACUCGAGGAAAACAUACAUAUCCGAGAACGCCCUCCUUCCCGGACAGGUUCACACCUAUUUUAGCGGCAGCGAUCAGAAUGUGUUUCGGGCGUACAAGCACGAGGUGAACGAGCUGGCGGGCAAGAGCAACGCUGAGAUCAACGACAAGCUUGAACCGAUCAUCAAGGGUCUCGGGGUCAAGACGGCCAGACAAAACUUUACGUACCGGGCCGCGGGACACGUCUGCGCGGGCGAGAAUCUCUACGCUAUCUUGCAAGCACCCCGAGGCGACGCUACCGAAGCCAUCGUCCUGGUCGCCGCUUGGAAGAACGUCAGGGACGAGAUCAAUAAGAACGGCAUUCCCCUCGCCCUGACUCUGUUGCGAUAUUUCAAGCGCUGGUCACUGUGGUCCAAGGACAUCAUCCUGCUGAUCACGCCGGACAGCAUCGCCGGACCGCAGGCGUGGGUUGAUGCCUACCACGAUGCCCACGAUCCUUCACGCGUCUCUAGCUUGCCGCUCAAGUCUGGCUUGCUGCAGGGCGCCAUUUCCAUUGAUUACGCUCAAGAGCGCCGCUUCGAGAGCGUUCAUAUAGUGUACGACGGCAUCAAUGGCCAGCUGCCGAACCUGGACCUGAUCAACUCGGUUGUCAACAUCGCCAGCGGCCAGAUGGGCAUCGGCGUCGCGCUGCAGGAGAUGUGGCGCCAUGACAAUGGGUAUCCGGACCGUCUGCGCACCAUGCUGAGAGGCAUGCUGAAGCAGGGUCUCGGCCUGGCCAGCGGUGCUCACAGCAGCUUCAUCCCUUACCACGUCGACGCCGUGACGCUGCGGCCCUUUGGCGAGGGAUGGCAAGAUGAGAUGGCCAUGGGCCGCGUGAUUGAAGGUUCCUUCCGUUCGCUCAACAACCUGCUCGAGCACCUACACCAAAGCUUCUUCUUUUACCUGCUUAUGCAACGGGAACGCUUCGUCAGCAUCGGCACCUAUCUGCCCAGCGCAAUGCUGGUGGCUGCCAAUUUCACAAUCAUGGCCAUCGCCCUGUGGGUCAAGAGCGGCCAACCGACAGAGGGCGAGCCACCGGCCACUGCCAAAACCGAACCCUCCAGCAGCAAGGCUCCUCCGCCUGCCACGGCCGAGCGUGACUUGUUCCUCCCUCUGGGCGUAGUAACUCUCGUCCAGUCACUGUCCAUCAUCCCCCUGUACCUCUUCAACCACACCCCAGAAAGCACCUUGACUCCCCUCUUCUUCACCUUCGCCCUCCUCAACACCCUCCUCCCACCAGCCCUCUCCCGGGUUCUGGCUACCCUCCCGCGAAGGCCCAUCAGUGAGCAUCAAUGCAACCUCAUCAAAUCCUUCUCCCUCCUCCUUCUCGGCAUGUUUCUCUCCACCCUCGCCACCCUCAACUUCUCCCUCGCUCUCAUCACCGGUCUGCUCGCCUCUCCCUUGACCUUCAUCCCCCCCUGCAAAACGACCGGGGGCAAGAUCGCGGCGACGGUGCUGUUGAACGCAAUCAGCCCGACCACAGUGCUGCUUGUGGCUGCGGCAUACUGGGGGACUGAUGUGACGAGCGUGUUGAGGGAGGCGGCGGUGGCAUGGCAUGUGUGCGGGACGUACUCGCCUGUGGUAGUGUGGUGCGUUUGGUGGCCGGCUUGGGUAGCCGGUGGGGUUGUUGUUUUUGGUGGGAGGAGGAAAGAAAAAGUCAAAACAACCUGAACAAAUUGGUUGUAUGGGGAAGAAUUCAGAAGGGCUCGACGAAUAUACCCGUUAGCAGUGGGUGUUAGGCACAGAAUAAUCGAUACGGUUUCCGCGGUUUUUGCCUGGCUGAGAGCAUCAA